AACAAAAAAUUUUUGAUUUAUUAAUUUUUUUAUUUUUUUUUAAAGACAAGGACAUCAAGGAAAAACAUUUAUGAGAAAAAAAGUGGCGGAAGCAAAAGGUCAAGAGCCUGCUACAAUUUGUAUUGGCAACAAUAAUAACAACAGUCAAAGAAAACGUGUCGGAUCACAAUUGAGCACAACUAGUGGCAUUGAUGGAGGAACUGAUCAUGGAUUCCUUUCAUGGAGUUCUUUUAGAAAAAAGCCAAAUGGAAAUGCCGAUUUUGAAAGUGGCGACUUCCCUCUAUACGACAAUGAACCUGUCCACAAUUUUUUGGCACCAUAUAUCAGUGGCUACACAACACCUGGGCCGAGGGAGAGGGAAGCAAGUAAACAGAAAAAGGUGAAAACAUUUCAAAUUUUAAUUAGUAAAUGUUAG